CUGGGCGCCGGGGCUCCCUUCCUCCUGGCCGGCCCCGCCCAGGCGGUUGCCCGUGACCUGCCUUGGCGCAGGGAACGGAAAGCCGGAAGGGGCGAGACGAGUUCAAUCGCCAUGGGGCUGUUUGGAAAAACCCAGGAGAAGCCGCCCAAAGAGCUGGUCAAUGAAUGGUCGUUGAAGAUAAGAAAGGAAAUGAGAGUUGUUGACAGGCAAAUAAGAGAUAUCCAAAGGGAAGAAGAGAAAGUGAAACGGUCUGUGAAAGAUGCUGCCAAGAAGGGCCAGAAGGAUGUCUGUGUGGUUCUGGCCAAGGAGAUGAUCAGGUCAAGGAAGGCUGUGAGCAAGCUCUAUGCAUCCAAAGCACACAUGAACUCAGUGCUCAUGGGCAUGAAGAACCAGCUUGCGGUCCUGCGAGUGGCUGGUUCCCUGCAGAAGAGCACAGAAGUGAUGAAGGCCAUGCAAAGUCUUGUGAAGAUCCCAGAAAUCCAGGCCACCAUGCGGGAGCUGUCCAAAGAGAUGAUGAAGGCUGGGAUCAUAGAAGAGAUGUUAGAGGACACUUUUGAAAGUAUGGACGAUCAGGAAGAAAUGGAAGAAGAAGCAGAAAUGGAAAUUGACAAAAUUCUGUUUGAAAUCACAGCAGGGGCCUUGGGUAAAGCACCCAGUAAAGUAACCGACGCCCUUCCAGAGCCUGAACCUCCAGGAGCAAUGGCCGCCUCAGAGGAUGAGGAGGAGGAAGAGGCCCUAGAGGCCAUGCAGUCCCGGCUGGCCACACUGCGCAGCUAGGGGCCACUCAGCUGGGCCCGCAGGCUCUCCUCACGGCCCUCCUGCUGGUGGACGCACACUCCUCUGGAGAGCCGCCAUUCUAUGUCUCUCUUGCACUACUACAGCUCUGUCCUGAGGCACUGCGUUUUGGAGAAGGUUCUCUGCUAUUGUCUCUUCACUCUCUGCAGAGGUUUUGGGAUCUUGAAGGAAUUGUUCUUAUGAAGGUGGCGUAAUUAAAUGCAUCAUUUUCAGGAGUAAAAAACAGAAGUAUCUUUUUGGGGGGGAGGGCAAAGAAAUCCAUCUUCUCAUGAAGCUCUUCUGAUAAUAGAGUUGACUGCCUGAAUGUUAAGGACUCUACGUUUUUUUGGUUGUAAAACACUAUAUAAAUGGAUUUUAAUAAAUUUCUGCUUUAACAUUUG